AGAGCUCGCAGCGCACGAUUUCGAACAUCAACAUCCUCGAGGGGAGAUACGCCGGAGAACCAACUCACGCGAAAUAAACAACUUACGCGCUCUUCGGCGUAAAGCAGCUGUUUAUUCAUCUUAUUAUUGUGGCAAAUAAGUGGGUAAAGCGUACGCCGUGUUUUGGUUAAGCUUGGCGUGAUAUGGAGAUUAACGUUCACCCGUGAACGGCUGAUUUUAACACUGGACUAGUUCGCGAGCAGCCCAGCCAUGGUUCGGGAGCGGGUGGUGCAGAAAAAGUCCUUCCAGCAGAGUCUGGACGACAUCAAGGACAAAAUGAAAGAAAAGAGAAACAAGCGUCUCGCCAACGCUUUAGCUGCCAGCCGCGGCCUGUCAAAACUGAAGAACAAAAACACAGCUACAGUGAAGCCAUUUGUCCUGAAGAGCGUCCAGGUGAAUAACAAAGCUCUUGCAGUAGCCCUGCAGACAGAGAGGGAGAAGGUACGGCAGGCGCAAGGGGUCAUCCUGCAGCUCAAGAAAGAAAGGCAAGCACUCAUCUUUCACCUGCUGAUGCUGAAGAGGACGCUUAAAGAUCGAAGACCUGCUGAAAGUGCCCAGGUUUCUCCCAUUGAGACGAGUUCACCAACUCUACCUCAGCCCAUCAGUCCUAAAACAGUACACGUGGUUGGGACAGAUAUCCCUGAUCAUCACUCAGCAGAACCACCUUUUAAUGCAGAGGCUGUUCCAGGUUGUCGCAGCGACCGACAGGUUUCUUUGCCCCCCACAGUAGGAACAAGACGAAAGAGACGCUCCGAGGUUGUGAGGAGACAAAGCUCACGCUUUGACUCUGGCAGGGUCGAGAAAUGUGACUCGCUAGAUGUGAAAAGUGGAGACGCUAUUGAUAGCAGACAAGAGGUAGAGACAAACGCACCAUUGGAGGAGGUCUGUCAUGAGCGGGAAGAGCUUAACAAGGAACAAGCUGGACAUAAAACAGGGCCGAACUAUGAGUUCAGCCUAGAGGUUUCUGAACUCCCAGCCGUCCAGCACUCGACUCCUGAGCCCCCCCAGCGGCCCACCAGACAGCCCAAGAAGAAACCCACCCAAGCCGCUCCCCGCCCCAAACCAGAGAGGGGACGCAAACCAGACCGAGCGCCGCUAAAGAAACCGUGGGACAACCCCAAACCCCGUGCUCGCUCUAAGAGCCGGGACCGAUCUCAGAGUCGUGCGAGAGCAGCGGCGCCUCCGCCUGCCGAUCGCCUUAACUCCUCGUUGGGUGGCAAUGACACCUUUGACUUCGACUGUGAAGAGGCCAUCCAUCUAACGCCUUUCAGAGCGGGAGCCAAAGCUGUGGAGAAACCAUCGCCUGACGCUCCGGUUAAAAAAGACGAGGUCCUGCCCAGUCCCGUUGCCAUGGAGACCAACACCAGCCUCUCAGAAGAUGAACAGGACGCAGAUGAUUCUCCUUAUGUACCGAAGAGGAGAUCCAGAAGAGCUCGGAGUCCACCGCCCAGACGGGCUCGCUCUAAAAGGCGGUCUGCUCAAGUGGCAAAAGAAAAUAUUAGACAAAAGCAGGGCCAUAUUGAAGUAGAGCACAUAGAAAAAAGUGGGCCUGAAAUGGAAGAAAUUGACCUGCAUCUCCACGGUGAUCUCAACCCAGGCCUUCUGCUUCCAUGUUCACCAGUUUGUGUUCUUCCUGAGAAUCCCAGCCAAUCAGAACCAAGCCAGGAGAUCUGCCAAGUGCCGUCUUCUGUUGUUCCUUUGGAGUCUCCUGGUGGAGAGGCGGAGCUUAUGAUGAUUGACUGCCCAAUAUUUGACUUUUCAAAGCACUCUUGCAGCUCACGCGGCCAGGAAAAUGAAAUGCCCUUGGUCAAUAGAGGCAGAAGAAAAGGUGGGCUGGUUGUUCGCUCCUUUCUGGGCUUGGGUUUGAGUGAUGUGACCAAUCUCUCCCCUGCAGCCUAUCAGAAGCCCAUGUCUGCUCAAAACACCCCUCAAAGCUCCAGUCGUAAGCGCCGCUGUACGAGUACCGUCAACUACAAGGAGCCCUCGAUCAACUCGAAACUUAGGCGAGGUGAUAAAUUUACAGACACCCGUUUCCUGCGGUCCCCCAUUUUCAAACAGAAGCCCACUUCCCGUCGGAGUUCACUUAAAAAGCUGGAAUUAUAUAACGAGUCUUUUGUGGGUUGUCGCUGAAUAACUGAUGUAAAUAAUAGGACCUUUUACCAUGAUUCAGCUUCAUAGAAUUACAGUGCUAUCUGUCUGAACCUGUGCAUUAUUUUUUUUCUGCAGAUUUUUAACUGCUGUGUAAUUGAAUUUGUAAUUGUUUGACUUUGUGAAUUUUAAUAAAGUUCUUUUAAUUUGUUGUUCCCACUUAAAAUUAAACAGUUACAGAAAAUGAACUGAAAACUUUUUAUUACACUUGUAGCUGGAAGCAGAGGAUUUUAAUUUAACUUGUGUCAAGACCAUUCAACUGCCAAGAAUCAUAAAUAUUCAGUAAGACCAUUUUAAAAUGAAGCAGCUGAGUGUUGGCAUGUCGGUCUAAACUGUGUGGUACCAAUAAAGUAAAACAAGCUGAAAUUGUUUCUCAUGUCUAACUGCUUUUCAAGCUUGUUACAUUGUGGUAGAUAAGUCAGGACCAAACUAAACUUUUGCAUUAUGUGCAUAGCAGACAUAGCUUAUUUCACCAGCCCAAACUUUAGCACUUCAUUUUGUUAAUGCUUUUCAGUGAAGAACUGGUUUAACAUUAUUAUAAGUCCAUAAUUCAUUAAGAUUUCUUAAAGUUAUUCCAUUCAUGGAAUAUGAACAAGAUUCCUAAUUCAUGAAACAAAGGUGUUAAGGUUCGAUUUAACUACUAUCUGUAAAUACUCAACAAAAAAACCUUACUGCUUACAUCAUAAUUAGCUUUUUUUUUGUAACAUUUCU